AUGGCGUACAUAAGGACGCCGAAUGACUCGCAAGUCAGGUACAGGCACCAGUGCAGGUCCUCGCCAAGGUGUAUCGUCGUCGCCCUCUCCGCCUCAUUCAUCGCCUUCAACUGGAUCGUCUUUCACGCCUUCAAGAGUGAGUCCUCGUCCGAUAACAGCAGCGAUCCCUUAUCAACUGACUCUUCGGGUAAACCCUUGCCAACCAAUUGGCUCGACACAGCCACAGAGCGCUCUCGAGGAUACCGGGCGAGCAAAGACUGGCAAGGGCAAUGGUAUCGCUGGCGAGCCCUCAACCCCAGCAAGAUCGAGCAACAGACCGACGACCUCACAAAGUUCGACAUCGUCUACACCUGGGUUAAUGGAUCCGACCCGCUCUUCCAGACCAUGAGGCUCGACUCCCAGAACAACCACCCCAUGUUCCAAAAGUCUCUCCGCGAGAAUGCCAAACAGAUCGACUCAACCACCAAAAGGCGAUACAGGGACACGGACGAACUUCGUUACUCACUCCGGUCAACCUUCGACUAUGCCAGCGACCUCUUCCGCCGCAUUCACAUUGUCACCGCCGAAGUUGCACCCAACCAGCCCCAGAUUCCUUCAUGGCUUAUCCAAAAGCCUGACUCGCCCAUCCAGAUCGUCAGCCAUAAAACCAUCUUUCCCAAUUCUAGCCAUUUGCCGUCCUACAACAGCUUGUCUAUCGAGAGUCAGUUCCUCAACAUCCCUGACCUCACAGAUACUUUCAUGUACAUGAACGAUGAUAUCUUUCUCGGAUUGAAACUACUUCCUUCGGACCUCUGGACACCUCUCUACGGAUAUGUCUUGCACAUGGAGGCUUCACUCUUGGUUCCCCCCACCGUCCGAUACUUCGAUCCAAACGCCAUCACUGUUGGUGAGUGGCACUCGCUCCAAUACUCCAACUACCUCUUGUCUCAGCGGUUCGGGCCUCGCCAUCGUGCCUACAUCGCGCAUGUCAUCCAUGUCCUCAGCGUCUCAAUGCUCAAGGAGAUCCAGUCCCUCUGGCCGGACGACAUGGAGAUAACCAGUUCGCAUCAGUUCCGCGGUGUGGGAGAGGGCAAGGACAUCCAUGUCUCCUUCUUUAUGGGCCACUACAUCAUGGAGAAGCUGAGAGAGACACAGCUAGAGUCUUUCUGGCAGUAUCGGUUGGACACGAAUCAGGACGGCGUUCUCGACUGGGAGGAGCGCAGGAGACUGAUCGACAGGAUCAAGAUCUGGAACGUGAACCAAGACCAGGUGACAUCGGAUCGACGACAACACUCUCGGCCGACCAUGAUCCAUGCACACAAGGCAACACUCGACAGGAUCGGCAUCCGCAUGAGUGGCACAACUCUCUAUCGCAAAUCGGGAUUGGACGGGUACCCUUACAUGCUCCGGAAUGCCGAUACCUCGAAAACCAUCCCUACCGCAACCGUCAAGGACAGGGAUGGCAAGGACGUGCUGCCCCAAAUCCCCUACAGAAACUACGAACCGGUGAAGGAUCGAAAGUGCAAGCUCGAUGUCGACUUUUGCUUUGGCCCGGACUUUGUCGACUCAACCUACCCACGGAUUCCUGCAGAACAGACGAAGCAGAUAUUCAGUCGGAUGGCGUUCAAGGAGUUCCACUGCGGCGAUUGCCUUCUUGAGAUUCUGAUGCAGGAUCCUUACAGAGGCGGCAUGGGCGCAUGGAUGCCAGAAGACGAGACCUCACAGGCGUUUGCGAGCGUUGUCGAGAAGGUGGCGCGGUACAACUAUGUCCUCGGGACGUCGGACUAUUCGUUUAUGGCGCUACAGGGAGCCAAGGGAGCCAAGAAGGAUCUGGACAUUCUUUUGGCGAAGUGGGAUCAAAAGGCGUUCUUCUGCAUCAACGACGAUUUCCCGGACGAUCCAGUUGUCGAGAAUGAGAUCCAGACGCUCUUCAGGGACUUUUUAAACACUCGCUUCCGUCUCCCCUCGCCGUAUGAGAUAGUCGAGUAG